UACGUGCCAACAAAAGAAGAGAAGAUGAAGAACAACAAAAACAGUGGGAGGAAAGUAUCACCUAUAUGGAUUAUCAUUUGCAGCAUCUUCACUUUUGUUCUCGGCAUCUUCUUUACAAACCGGGUAUGGGUUCCACUCGAUUCCGAUAUAAGACGGAAUGAACAAGAGAAGAAAAUUGAUUGCAUCACAAACAAGGAUGAUGUUAUACUUUCAGAAGUUUAUAAAACCCAAGAAGCAAUCAAGUCAUUUGGAAACUCACUUUCUGAGCUAACGCUAAGAGUGGAAGUCCCUAGCAAUCAAAGUUCAUCUGAGGCGGUAAACAGCAAUGACUCGCAUUCUCACAUGAUUGACGAAGACAAGAGUGAGAAAAGGAAAAAAGUGUUUUUGGUUAUUGGGAUAUACACUGCUUUUAGUAGUAGAAGGAGACGAGAUUCAGUUAGAGAAACAUGGAUGCCUACGGGUAAAAUGCUACUUAAACUUGAGGAAGAAAAGGGUAUUGUUAUCCGUUUCGUGAUUGGUCACAGCACAACAUCUAAUAGCAUUCUAGAUCAAGCCAUUGACUCAGAGGAAGCUCAAUAUAAAGAUUUAUUUAUACUUGAUCAUGUUGAAGGGUAUCAUGAGUUGACUGCUAAAACGCAGAUCUUCUUUUCCACAGCAUUCGCCAAAUGGGAUGCGAAGUUCUAUGUGAAGAUGGAUGAUGAUAUUCAUGUCAAUCCUGGCAUGUUAGCUACAACUCUUCGACGACAUAUGUCAAAACCAAGGGUUUAUGUAGGAUGUAUGAAAUCCACGCCCGUUCUUUCGCAGAAGAAUGCCAAAUACUAUGAACCUGAAUACUGGAAGUUUGGAAAGGAAGGAAAUAAGUAUUUUAGGCAUGCAGCUGGGGGGAUUUACGCAAUUUCAAAUGAUCUUGCUGCAUACAUCUCCGCCAACAGUUUUAUAUAA